AAUCCCUAAGAUCGUCAUUAAAAAAUUUUAUAAUCUUUGCUAUCAACUUGAAUCAAAUGAAGUAAGAUUUUCUUUCAUUGUGAUAAAAAAUUCUGUUCAUACAGCAUUUUAAGAAAUCUAAAAAGAAUCGGAUAAAAUGGAUAGAUCAAUAUAUUUUCGGCCACAUUCUAAUUAAAUUCGACAUUAUAAUUUAUGAAUGAUGUUCGUAACUUUGAUAACUGUAAGGUUCACGAAUUACCCCAAUUUUGAUUGUUUCGGUUUCUAUCAUUCUCAUCCCUUCCAAACGAGGAGAUGAACAACGGCAACGAAGAGGACGACGCCAACGACGGCGAGGACGCCGACGACAAACGACUGGCACGACGCGGAGGAAGAAGAAGAAAAGAGAGACGAGUGUUCGGUGAAGCCUACCGACCGGCUAUUUGGAACACGGCCGAUCAGUUCCUUCGGCGCCUUCGUACCGUGGACGCGGACACGUCCUUUGUCGCCGAUUUCGAACGCGCACGUCUGUCCCGGACCAGGUGAAACGAGACGUCCCGGAAAAUCCCGCGAAAAAUUGUGUUCGUUUUUCCGAAUUGGUGUCCGAAAGGAUUAGCCGAGCUUUUGUAAAUCUGCUGCAAAGAAGCGAAAUUAGAUUAGGGAGAAUGUUUCGUGAGGUAGUUCGUAACAGUUCAUGAUAAGACCUGGAGUCAAUCGGUUUAUCUUCGUAAACGAAUCCGCCGGCACGAAGAAAGUUCUCGACAAUAAAGCGAGACGAUAUCAGCAACACAAUGUCGGAGGGUUGCACGAGUUGCAGAGGCGCGAAUUAUGCGAGCAGCACUUUGCAGUUAGGCACGACUGCCAGUGGCAAUACUGGAAGCUCGUCGUCCGCAUCUGGGGCGACCUGUACAGCCACGAGGAGAGUCCAGGUUCGCGCAAAAGUGUUAUAUGGCACGGGCAAAGCAAUUGCGAGCUUGCAAGCGCAGGAGAAAGCGGCCAGACACUGACGAGCCUCGUCGUUUCUUCCCUCUCCUGCGCAUUAUCAUCUAGACUGAGGGAAGCAAACGAUAAAGCAGAAUUCUACGCCAAGAGCCAAACAUCAAAUCACGAGGUAAGAAUUUCCGGCAAACACGGGCAAUCGUUUUUCGCAUCAACGGACGCUCUGGGGAAGCGAGUAAAUAUUUCAUCGGGUUACAAUCCUUUAACCCCGGACAUCCAAGAAAGCAACGCAAAUACUUCGUAUCCUGUCGAAGCGGCGCGUCUGAAAUACGUACAAAAGCUGUUGAAGAGAGAGGUAGAAGUGGUAGCAGCGGAUGUGUUACAGCCGAGAGAUUCCGACGGAAUCACGUACAUUCCUGCGAAGGAGACGAAUCAGACGGGAGAUGGAAUCCGACAUGAAUUUUUGAACGCAUCGGGCAUUUCUGAAAGCUCCGUAGUAAUAGAACUGGCGGCAAGAGAAAAAGAAAAUGGAGGAAUCAGAAAAACGGAAGUUAAAGAACUCGAAGAAAAAUCUUCCGCCGGAUCGCUGAAUAAUGUGGGUGUCAAAAUUAACAUUUCGAAAUCGAGCAACGCGAAAAGUAAUACUCUGCAACAAGUGAAGCAUCGAGAAUGGAACGAUGGCGUUCAAGCAAAUGAAGAGUCUAACAUCGGUGAUACUUCGGCGAUGGAAACGCACUCCGCUAAGAAGUCAGGUGAUAUUUCGAUUCGACUGAUCGAUGCGUUCUCAAAAACACAGAGCGCCGAAUCGAAAGCCGGUAAUCAAACUCUGGAGAGUCGUGCCGAUCAAGAGAACUGGGAGUCCGAAGAAGACGGUCUUUUAGAAGCUGCAAAUUUUGGAUUGCAAGCUAUGCACGAUCUCUAUUACGUCCAGGAACCUAAAUUAUAUUCGAUGGGUCUUUAUCUGGAGAGCAAUAAUCCAGCGAGAUACUUAGCAGCGUUUAAUGAUCAAUCGGAGGAAGCGAGAGACCUCGCAAGAUUCGGAUAUGCGGCUCUUCAAGGUACCACUAUGUUCUUAAAAAAGUUUCCUAAUACACCGUUGGAGUUACCCUUAUCCCGAAAUAAGCUUACCCGAAGAACUUUGCUAAAGCAGCAAUGUCCACGAAGAGAUCCACCGCGAUGUCCACGGGCUAGCCUAAGAUAUAGAACGUCUGACGGCAGCUGCAACAACCUGCAGAAUCUCUGGUGGGGUUCCGCGAUGUCUGCGAUGCAAAGAUUUCUUCCACCUGAAUAUGAUGAUGGCAUUCAAAGCAUUAGAAGAUCGAAGAACGGAAGACCACUUCCAAGCGCUCGAGAUAUUACGAGCUUAAUCCAUGAAAACAAAGAUGUACCUUUGGCUUCUAUUACUCAUAUGCUAAUGCAGUGGGGGCAAUUUGUAGAUCACGAUUUGACAGCAACCGGUCAAAGCAGAGGCUUUAAUGGCACAAUACCACAAUGUUGCUUGCAAGGAGGCAUGGGUUUUCAACCGCCAGAGUUCAUGCAUCCAGAGUGUCUUCCAAUAGCAGUGAAUCUGCGCGACAGUUUCUAUGGUCCUUUGGGCGUAAGAUGUUUGGAAUUUCUUAGAAGCGGUCCAGCUCCUAAGGAGGGCUGCGAAUUUGGCCCAAGAGAGCAAUUGUCCCAGGUGACCAGUUAUCUGGAUGCCUCCAUGGUUUACAGCAGUAACGCCAUGCACAGCGACAGCCUGAGAAUAUUUCGGAAUGGGUUGCUACAAUACGGAAGAAUACAGUCGCGAAGAUCUUCGCUUCUGAAACGUGAAUCGGAUUUGUGCAAACGCGGAUCUUUGUCUACAUCUUGCUUCCGGGCUGGCGACGGACGUCUAAGCGAGCAACCUGCUCUCACGUCCCUGCACGUCGUCUUUUUAAGAUUGCACAACAGAAUAGCCACAGAACUAUCCGCCCUGAACUCCCAUUGGAGCGACGAGAAACUUUAUCAAGAAACUCGAAGGAUUGUCGGCGCGGUGGUCCAACAUAUAACUUAUCGAGAGUUCUUGCCGAUCAUUCUUGGCCUUCAGGUGAUGAAAAUCUUUGAUCUGGAAAUUCUUAAAAAAGGUUAUUACGAAGGGUAUGAUCCGACGAUAAAUCCCACCAUCGCAAAUUCAUUUUCUACAGCGGCUUAUCGAUUCGGACACUCGCUGGUCCAGCGGAGUUUUAUUAGGUUUGAUAGCGAUCACAGGCCUAUCUUUAAUAAUGUUUCGAUCCACGAUGAGUUCAGCAAUCCUGCGAACCUGGAUACAGUGGGAUCUGUCGAUCGCCUUGUCCUAGGCUUAGUGAAUCAACCAUGCCAAAGACGGGACGAAUUCAUAACCGACGAGAUGACGAAUCAUCUUUUUCAAACGCCCGGUUUCGCAUUCGGCAUGGAUCUCGCUUCUAUCAAUAUCCAGCGUGGCAGAGAUCACGGUUUACCGCCUUUCGUGCGAUGGCGUGAACCUUGCGGCCUGUCCCCGAUAAGGACGUUUGAAGAGCUUGAAAGAGUAAUGUCACCAGGCGUCACGAGGAAACUUAAAUCGUUGUACUCGUCGGUAGAGAACAUCGAUCUUUUCACAGCUGGUCUAGCGGAGAAGUCGGUGGUUGGUGGCCUGGUUGGACCAACUUUCGCUUGUAUAAUCGCUCAACAAUUCAGUAAUUUGCGACGUGGCGAUCGAUUCUGGUACGAGAAUCCCAACAGCGAGAGUAGCUUCACCGCCAGUCAGUUGCAACAGAUCCGACAAGUCACUCUGGCCCAGGUACUGUGCCGAACGAUGGACGGUAUUAAGACCAUACAACCGUUUGUCUUCCUCGCGACAGAUACAUUGAAGAAUCAACGUCUCGCUUGCGACGACUCGGCCAUUGGGCAUCUAAAUCUAGAAAUCUGGGCCGAACAGCCAUCUGAAUUCAACGGCGGUAUCGACAACUCGCAGAAAGUUAAACGAACAGCGACCGACGCAAGCCCAGCUGUUUCUAAGUCGAAAGAAGAAAACAUCAAUGCUAGAAGGAAAGUCCAUAAUCCCGAACAUACAAAGAUUACAACAACAACAACAACUUCAAAGCCUUUUCAGAACAGUGUUAAUCAAGAAAAUAAAAUCAUCAUAAAGAAACCGGGAUUUGCGCGUCCGGAUGGCAACAAUGUCACUAUUGUGGUCCAGAACAAUGCCGUAAACGCCCCUGUUUUCGUAAACGAGGGUAUUUACGGUUCGCAUAUUAAAACACAGGAACAGCUUCCUGUCACACCGAGACCGGUAAAUCUUAACCAUCCUAUAAUAAAUCUGUAUCGACCGCAAGGGAAACCUAUACCAACGACUAUCCCUCAUUUACCAAGUUUUUACUUAGCACGUCAACCGUAUGUUCCCUACACUUUCAACGAUCCCCAUAAUCCGAAUCCGCUAGUCUUUGGAUACAGAUCACCUAAUUUCGCGCAGGAUGACAUCUUUUACGACAACUAUUCCGCCACCAGUCCCAGACCUACUCUCUACACUUAUUAUACUAAUUUACAGCAGGCAUCUACUACCAAAAUACCAGAGAUUGACGGUUAUUUGAUCAAUUACGCACUUUUGUCUCACGAUUUACUUCCGGCACAUACUCACGAAAGACCUAAACCUUUAGAAAAUUUCGGACAAUAUGAAUUGAACGAUAAACCAGAGCAUAAUUACGAUGGUCCUAAAUUUCCAACAAAUAUUCGAUGGAGCAGACCGAAUUACGCAUCGAGCAUUGAAUCUUAUACACACAGACCAAAUUAUAAUGAACUUAAACCUUCAAUACGACCGAAUUCCCGACCGAAUUAUGAAAUAAAUAAUGAAUCUCAUCAUAUCCAUAGACCAAAUUACAAUGGACAUAAACCUUCAACGAUUACGCGACCGAAUUUUCGACCAAAUUAUGCAUCAAAUGAUGAACCUUAUCAUACGCACAGACCAAGUUAUGAUGGGCAUAGACCUUCAACGACUACACAACCGAAUUAUGCAUCGAAUAAUGAGACUCCUUAUACGCAAAGGCCAAGUUAUGAUGGAUAUAAACCUUCAACGACUACACGACCGAAUUAUGAAAUAAAUACUGAAUCUCAUCAUACCUAUAGGCCAAGUUACGAUGGGCAUAAACCUUCAACGACCAUACAACCGAAUUUCCGACCGAAUUACGCAUCGAUCGAUAAACCUUAUCAUACACAUAGACCAAGUUAUGAUGGACAUAAACCUUCAACGACCAUACUCAAUUCCCGACCGAAUUACGCAUUGAACGAUGAAUCUUAUCACAUACACAGACCAAGUUACGAUGGACAUAGACUUUCAAUGACUACGCGACCAAAUCUCCAAUUGAAUUUUGGAGGGAACGACAAACCAUAUCAUGGAUCAGAUUAUAAUAGACCUCUAGACAACUCGCAACCAAAUGAGAAUUUGCAUCAUGCACAGAAACCAAUUUAUAGUGAAUUUACAUCCUUGACAAAUUUGCGACCGGAUAAACCGAAUCAGGAACCAUAUGGCAUACAAAAACCAAGCGAUGUCGGAAAUCUACAUUUACAAAUUGAUGAUUUAAUUAACAGACCGAAUGGAGGUUAUUUUAUUAAUUCUAACAAACCACAACAUCAGGGACAAUGGAACUCGAACAAUCAGAAAAGACCUAGCGAGAAACCGAAUGAUUACGAUGCUCCUGAUGCAUAUCAGAAAAAACCGAACGUUAAAUUAUCAAGUUAUAGCACUGACAAGUCUCAUCAAAUAUUAUCGACUAUUAGGCCAAGUAAUGAAUAUAAUUCUCAAUUUUGGAAACAAGAUUCACUGCAUUCUUCUAUCACGGAUCCUGUACGAGCUGGACUUUAUGAAUCUAUUCCGAGUUCUGGAACAAAUAUUCCUUCUUAUCAAAAAGAUAUGUUUACAGAUUCGAGUACUUCAUCUUCUUCAAACGAUAAUUACGAUCGAUACUCCGAUGCUACUCCGGUUUAUCAAAAAAUAUUGUCAUCUACUCAAAGCAGUUGGACAGACAUUUCAUAUUUAGCACAAGGCAGUACUCAAUCUCCUUUUAGCAAAGAUUCAUUUAGUUUACUUCUAUCCAAUCAGAAACCAACACACCAUCCGAUCUAUCAGAUAGAUGAUCAAUCAAAAUUAUCUUCGAAAGUGUCUGUCGACAAAUCCCCUAUUGCUGUAGAUUUAUAUAAACAUGAUUCUCAUAAAAAUCCUACAAUAUCAUCCAAUUUAAAUAAUCAGUUAUUAUCCAACACUCCGUAUUGGUCAGAAACUUCAACGAUUGGUGUUCACGUCCAUAAACAAGAGGAAAAUUUCAAUCCUAAACCAACAAAGGUGCAAAGCGUCACAAUUGUCGGUGAAACGAUCGAAACAGUUCAUCAUCCUGGUCACUCCGGCUACAUAACUCAACACGAAAUUCCUAGCGAAAUUCCAAGACCAUUGACGCAGCAAAUAAAGAACAAUGCACCAAUUACCAAGAAAGCUGGACAGUAUUAUUACGAGAAGAACGUGCUACAUCGAUAUCCGGAUGAAACAGUCGAUCAAAUUCCCAAAAGUAAUCACCAUUUGAUGGACAAAUCUGAGGAAGCGCUCAUUCGGAAUCGAGAAACGUCGUCUGAGAAGAUUGCAGUAGAAGCACCGACUAUUAUUGACAAUCGUAAUAGCGUAACGAACGCUAAAGUGAUUCAAAUCAAAAGUAAAUUAAUGACGACACCUACGCUCGUGAUCACUGAUCAGGAUAAUCGCAGAGGUGACGUGAUGGACGACCUCCAACAUGCUUUCUCAGAUAUCGAAAGUACUGCAUCUGGCAGAAUAAAUCGUUGGGCAAAUUUGCAAGAGAAUCUGAAUUUAUCGAUGUUGGAAAUACCCGCAGUUCUAUCCAAUGAAUCAACGAGUGCCAAGAAAUUACCUAAGCCCAUUAAAUCGCGGAGUUACGCUACUUAAAGUUCUACGUUUAUUAAUUCGUUCUUAUUACUUUCGAUUCUCGAAUGAAAUGGAAACAAUAGAAAGUUUCAAAACCUUGUCUACUUCACUUAUUAGUGUAUAUCGUUAAAUUCGUUUAUGAUUUCGAAAAAAUGCAGGAAUAGUAAACCAAUAGAAUACAUUAUAUAAAAAAUUAGAAAAAUAUUUAUUUUAUACUUUAGGCUUUACUCUUAUUUAGUAAAUGUAAGUAAAUAUGUAUUGUCGCAUUCAAUAAAGUAUUUAUAUGUUCAGAUGCUAACAA